GCCUCAGCGGAUUUUGGACAGACUAUCUGCCAUACCGUAGUGUGUGUGCAUGUGUGUGUGUGUGUGGGGGUGUAGCGAGAAUGAGCAUAUAUUUUGGUGGAUCCUUGCGUGCUUCCGUAAUUGAACGCAGGCAAAAGAGUGGAUAAACGCAGAGUGGAGCUUCACUCCGUCAGUCUUCGGUUGGAUAUGCUAGACGUCGUGUCUUUUCCUUUGUGUUUCCUGCUAUAUCUGUGUGCAAACGAGUGUUGGUAAUCUAAAAAGGACGAUUUGGUGUAGAUGGCAUUAAAAAAUCAUCUCCAUAGAUUAAUUAUAUCUUCACAACAGCGUAACUGGUGAAAUUCAGUGUAGUGAAAACCGUUUAGGUUUGUUUACAGAGUAGCGAAUGAGUGAUUAAAAUUAUAGUAAUUGUAUGUACUUGCUUGUAUAUCCUUCGACCUCGUGUAAAAGCUGCGUGUGUUGGUGUGCAGUACAACGUACGGACUGAAAACCCUUGUUUUAUUGCGUGUUGCUAUCGGAGAGCACUAUAUUCAAGAACGUUUGCCCAGGAUGUCUGGUGUACAAUUGUACAAGUCACGCGCAUUCGUGCUAGUUUGGCACCUCAUCGCUAUUAGCCAGUAUUACUAUGCAAUUUACUUUGAUAGAUACUUCGUCAAAAUCCCAGAUGAUCUCAACAUACCGAAAAUGAUGCGCCCCAGCGAGUACGGCGGAAGGUCCAAGUUCCUAACGUAUUGGUGUUUGAUAUUGCAGGCGAUAUACUUCACUGUUUGUCUGGUAAACGAUUUCUUUGGAACGAACGAAGUUUCACCACGAAGUAUUCCAAUCAUCAGAAAAUUAAAGGAUUAUAUGCUGGCGGCAUUUGCCUUCCCGGUAGCUUUAAAUGUCGGCGUUACUUUCUGGACUUUAAUGGCUAUCGAUCGUGAGCUUGUUUUCCCUAAAGCGUUGGACGCUGUCUUUCCAGGAUGGCUGAACCAUGUGAUGCAUACUAAUAUAGUAAUCUUUAUGCUACUGGAGAUUUGUACCAGCUUUAGACAAUAUCCUUCGAGAAAAAACGGUCUUGCAGGUUUAGGGUUUUUUAUGGCCUGCUAUUUAGUAUGGUUGCAUAUUAUUCGUCACUUUGGCGGAAUAUGGGUAUACCCUGUGCUAGAAGUUCUGAACCUUCCACAGCGAAUUAUAUUUUUCGUAGUCAGCUUAGGGUUUUCCGUUGGACUGUAUUUACUGGGAGAAUUUUUCAACAGCCUAAUAUGGACCAAAGAGUUGAAGCAGCUAAAGACCGGUGUCACUAGUAAGAAGCUAAAAUAAAGUCUCCAUCUUCAUUGUG